UAAGGACAGGUUCAGGUCGGGUAGGCUGCUUAUAGCCUAGCUCCACCCGGUAGUCUUAUCAUAUGAUUCAGGCUGAUCCACUUCUGCAUUACUACGGCAAAACUCCUUCUCCUUCUUUGUCUUCUGUGACUGAUCCUUCGUCUUCUGUGACUAUAUGCAUCUCAAAAUAAGAGUUCUUAAGAAAUGAAAAAGGAAGUACCGCUUUACCAGGUAAUGUGUACAGGCUACUAUUUUUUGUAUCGCCUUUAUAUUUUUUGCUUUUCACUAGCCUUAACCUAACGUAGGCCUACUCGAGCUGGUAAUGAAGAAAGGGCUUUGUAAUGAAUGGUAUUGGAUGUUGGCCGUAUAAUGUGUUGGAUGGCACACAAAAGCUUAUUACACGUGUUAUUAUUAUCAUUAUUAGCAGUUAUACUAUGGCACAGACGCAUCUGUUGAUAAAGGUCUACUGUACAGAGAAUCCCUGCUGUUGUUCCGUUAUGCCAUUGGCUCCCGUCUUUCUUCUACUGACACGCUUGCUGAUUGAAAGGUUGUCAGAUUGCCAAUAUUGUCGUUGGUAUUUAACAUCAAAACCAUUCAUAGUAUACUGUGUAUAUUCGACCCAGACAUACGUACCCGUUUAUUCGGGUCUGCCCUGCGCCUGUGUUGCCUUUAGUGCUUUCCAAGCAAGCAAUGUCUCGCAUUGAUUUUUUCGCGCAAUAGACUCAUUACUGCCCCCAUGCGGCGUUUCAGUGCAUCUGUUAUCAACAAUUUUUUUAGGUUUCUUUUAGUACUGCACUCCGAUUUAAGCCGCUUGAAAGUAUUCGAUAUUGAACUACAAUUCGUGCCAUUGGAUCCUCAAACGCUAGGAGGUAUACAUUUAGCAUAAUAGAAUGGGUUUGGCGCCUGUCUCACCUCUCAGCGCAGAGCCUAUGUUACUGAAAGUCCCUCUCUCUCACGAUACAAAAAGAGAAGAGACGGCUGGGGCGAGGUUAACCGGACAGGUGUAGGUGUCAUUAAAUAGCUCUGGUAUAAAAGUCCACCCGGUAGUCUUAUCAUAUGAUUCAGGCUGGCCACUUCUGCACGGCGAAACUUUUUCCACGUUUGUGACUGCAUGCUUCUCAAAAUAUAGUUCUCAAAAAAUGAAAAAGGAAGUAGGCCUACCGCUUUACCAGGCGCCCGAAAUGCAGAACGUGUAUGAUCUCCUGGAUAUGGCUCUUCGGAAAGGAAGACAGACCUGCCAGCUUCUCUACCAUUCUCUAGGAAUGUGUUCACCCUUACCGUUUGAAAGAGCACAUUUCCUGCACCCGCCAGCCACCACAUUAAUCAUAAACAUCAGUAACUCCACCUUGGUAGACUGUGCUAUUGGGAACGGAAACCUGCCACACGAAGUAGUGGACAAACAACCUCUAAUGUGGGGCUAUGCACCCAACGUCCAUGGUGACAUGAGGUGUAGCUGCUUCCAUGGCCACCAUGUGGCAGCAGAGCCUACUCUUCUUCCCCCACCGGCCACAAUCAGCGUCCAUAGCUCCCAACUGAACUAUGUCAUCAUAGGAGACAGCAACUACAUGAACGUGACACAGACACACUGACGAAUGCAGUGAAUUGGACUAACGCUGCUUGCAUGUUGAAAAUAUACCUCUCUAUAUUGUCAUUAUAUGACAUGCAAUCACCCCCAUGCGGUAAUAACAUGAAGGGAAAUACAAUUGAAAAAUAAAACAAGUUAACGUAAAUGCAUUAAAAUGUAAAAAUGUAUGGCCUAUGGUCAACUAUCCAAUGUAAAGGUAAUGAAGGAUACUUGGUAGUUCCGACAUUGCCUGAAAUUUUCAAUACAGUCUAGACAGAAGCUGUUCUUGAUAUUCAAGGCGACAUGUAAUGAAAACUCAAAUCGUUGUUGCUGUAAUGAAAUGUGUUCAAUUUAAUUAAAUUAUAAUUUUUUUAUCAA